AUGGCCCAACCUUUGCCGGUAGAGUCUCAUCAGACGUCCACCACGAUGGACACAUCCAAUCCAGAGCUCGGCACUGUUAUGCAAGACAAGUCGCUCUCCAGCAUGCCUGAUCCCCCGCCCGUGAAGGAACCGUACAAGGUUUCAGAGGCCCUCGACGACAUCUCGUGCGUGACGUGGGCGCUUGACGAGUUCCUGCACUCGAGGAUGGUGGAGUCAGAGGAGUACUGUCAUAAGAGUGAUCCGUCCAAGCAGCGAAUGUACUUUGCGACUGGCUAUGGCUUGAUUCAAUUCGUGAAGGGUCUGAUGUCGUAUGAAGAUAAGGACCUGCUGUCGGCCAUUGGGCACACCCGACAUGGAAAUGCGAUUGCCAGUCAACAUCGUAAACGCCAGUCGUCAAUGGCAUCACGCCUCGCGGGUUAUGUCGUCUCCUCGUACAGCACGUCAGGCGUGGAAUGGAUUCAGGAUAUGACUCCGGUUGAGCGCCAUGCCGAGCUCACGUAUGCAGAGAGUUUAUUCGAGAAGUCCCUUCUCGGCAUCGUCUAUUCUGGAGACUGGUUAGCUUUCAUCAAAGAGAUCCUGAACAUGCGGACCUUGAUGAACAUCUAUCGCCAGCUGUGGAAGUUCAUCGAAACGGCUGACGCAGCAGCUGCUGCUCGCGGCGAAGGGCCCGAGGACAAGUCCAUCGAUGUGCACUUCCGCUCCGGUGUAUACCUCGGCAUUGGCGUGUCGAAUAUGAUCCUCAGCCUAAUCCCCGGCAAGCUCCUGGCGAUAGUGGAGCUCUUUGGGUACAAGGGCGACCGGAAGUUUGCCCUCCAGAUGCUACAGAAGGCCGGUGGUUGGACUAAGGACUCCGACCAGCCUGGCAUCGGCAGAGAGGAAGAAGGGGUCCGUCGCGCGAUAUGCGACAUGGCCUUACUCAUCUUCCAUCUCGUCUUAUCGAGCUUCACCUUCGACGGUGUCGACAUCGACAUGGCUCAGAAGAUCUUGGACUGGAACCUCAGGCGGUACCCGACUGGCGUCUUCUUCCUCUUCGGAGCGGGGCGCCUGUCCCUCUGCCGCAGCCAGCCGGCUCGUGCGAUCGCUUACUACACUAAGGCCCUCGAGACACAGUCGCAGUACCGCAACCUGUACCACAUAUCGUGGUGGGAGAUCGCCAUCGCCAAUUUGGCGCUCUGGAACGUCUCAGAUUCGCUUGAGUGCUGGACGAAUCUGCAAAAGGAGGCGACCUGGUCGAAGGCGUGCUAUACCUACGGUAUGGCAGUCUGCCUAGCCGCACAGGGCAAGCAGAAGGAAGCCGCCGAGCUCUUCAAGAAGGUGCCCGGUUUGCGUCAGCGGAUCGCCGGAAAGUCUAUACCCCUCGAGAAAUUCGUCGCCCGCAAAGCCCGCAAAUUCGAGACCCAGGGCGGCCGGCUCGCCGUGCCCGCACUAGAGCUCGCGUACGUCUUCCUCGCGAUCGCGCACGCCCCGCGAAAGAUCAUCCACGAGAAGAUGCUUCCCGAUGUGCAGGCGCUGCAGGCCAAGCUGAAGGAGCACGAGGCGAACCCCAAGAAGUACGAGAACGGGCACGGGUACUGGGACGACUACUGCCUCGCACAUCAUCUUGAGGGGGUGUGCUACCGGUUCCUUGCCUACCCGGACCCGGAUGCCAGGUUCGAGGACGGGGAAGAGGAGAUUAUCCAGACAAGCUUCGAUGAUGCGAGCGAGCGGGCAUCGAAGGCGUUCCAAACGGUCUUUGCCAAGGGGACGAAGAUCGAGCUCGAUCAUCAUAUCGUUUACUUCGCACACUUUGAGUAUGGAAGGCUGCUGGCCCGGUCUGGAGACAAGGAAGGUGCGCGUGCACAGUUUGACAUGGUCUUGUCGGGUAAACCUCUGGAAGUCAAUUCGGCAGGCAAGAAGGGGAAGUACAGCCUCGAAAACGCCUUGCAUGUGCGCACCCACGCAGCCUUGGAGGCUUUGGACCGCGACCGCCUACUUUAACCAUCUAUACCCCAAUCUUUGAGCCACAGAAUUUACGCGUCAAUUUCAGUAUCUAACCAUUUAUAGCCCUAUCUUAUGCAGUAUUUUUGGACUUGGUUCUCUAUACGCGAAUAGGCUAGCUUUCCCCGAUGUUGUUGUAGUGAGCUUUCUAGUCAUAGGGUGGAACGCAACUACAAAGUCAUACCAUAUGUACAAUACCUUGUUGUUUUGAAACUUCUUUCUGAUACGCUGUCUGCUACACGAUGC